GUCCCUAAAUGCAGCACCGGUCCAUGAAAUAAAACGCUGCUUUUUCUGCACUUUUUCUCCCCACAAGUUUCACUCGUUAAGCAGCUUCUCAGCUCCGGUGUGGCGGCAGCAGAGACGCAGUCGGUCGGUCCGGAUGGAUCCAGCGUCGUGCGUCUUUGUGCAGAACUGAGACGCGCUGCGCAUCACGGAGCUGCUCGGUAUAAAUAAGGCCGCAGACGGGACAGCUCAGCCUGUCCUGAAGAAGCUGAAGGUGCUCAGAGGUGAAACUCCUCCAUCAUGUCCUCACUGUGAGCCGCCUCACGGAUGGGACCACCGGAGAAAUCUGUUCACGCUUCGGCUUCCGGCGACGCACACUGAUGCUCGGGGAGACUUGUGGGUUCGGCUGGCUUCGACCUGAACGGGCUGCUGCUGCCUUUAUGGGACGGUGAAAGGUGUCUGCGGUGUUUUUGUUUUUUAUUUUUCACCGGUAACCCAGACUCCUGCGGCUCCACGGAGGGGAGGCACCGAGUCCUGCACCGGGAGGUUUUCGGAGUCCGACGGGGGGGACGGUGAAGAGUGUUUGGGGUUUGAUUUUCUCCCGUGGUGUCUGUGUGGAGCGUGCCACACACCCACUCCACAACAACGACGGCUUUUGCUUGCAUCUUCCAGUGUUUCUUCUGUCAGCAAGUCCAGCAGAGCUGCAACUCUUCCAGUGCCAGCCCUGACACCAGCGAGGAGCCCUGCCCCACUGACAUGGUGAAGAUGACCAAGUCCAAGACCUUCCAGGCUUACCUGCCGAGCUGUCACCGCACCUACAGCUGCAUCCACUGCCGGGCACAUCUGGCCAAUCACGACGAGCUCAUCUCAAAGUCAUUUCAAGGCAGUCAAGGAAGAGCGUACCUGUUUAACUCAGUGGUGAAUGUCGGCUGCGGGCCAGCUGAGGAGCGGGUUCUCCUCACAGGUUUACAUGCUGUGGCUGAUAUCUACUGUGAAAACUGUAAAACCACCCUGGGCUGGAAAUAUGAGCAUGCAUUUGAGAGCAGUCAAAAGUACAAAGAGGGAAAGUUCAUCAUUGAGCUGGCUCACAUGAUCAAGGAUAACGGGUGGGAGUGACGCUCCGGCCGGUCUCCCAUGUUUUUUUUCUGACCUUGGAAUGCUCUUUAUUGAACUUCGUGGAGCGACAACCAUCGACCACCCCGACCCCUUCCCCACCAACACCACCCCGACUCCCCUUUAAAAAAAAAAAAGGAAAACAAACCUCCACCCACCUCCCCCUCGCCUCCUUCACAUGCACACCCCCACCGGCUCAUCGUGAACAGGCGCAAAAAAAAAACAGGAAGUGGAGCAACUCUUGCAAAAAUCACGUCACAGGAGUCCCAUCGUUACUUUGAAGAUUGUGUGUUUUGGAGCUUUUGGGUUCGAGCCCCUGGCCUCCACCUUCCACUCUCACCCCUCCGCCCACCGAGCCACGCUUACAAGUGAUUGUGGUGAUAUGGCGACCACUAUGCGAACGGAGAGAGACUUCACUGAAAGAACAUUUCUUUGUUUUCGUUACUUUGCUCGUCCGGUGAAACGGAAGACUUUGCUGAUUAUUUUAAUGUUUUGUUCAUUUGCUCUAGUUUUAACUUCUGGGUUUGGUAAGGUUUUGGUUUGAUGGUGGAUGGAUGUUACUGGUUAGCAUUUUAUUUCCCUGUCCAGUCUGUCACGUUUUGUUUAUUUUUGGCUUGGUGUAUCUCUGCCUAUAGCUGAGCAUGCUUUUCUUUGCUAAUGUCCAAAUGAGCAAUCAGGGAUGGGUGAGGAGCAGAGGGGAAAGGGAGUUUAUCGUAGUUAUGAAUAUGUAGCAGCAUCUUGCUUUUUUUUUUUAAGUGGCAAAGGAUUUGAUUGCAGUAAUGUGGAAUUUUAUACCUGAUAUUUUCCUCUGUUUUUAUCUCUUUUUUUUCCCUUUCUUGUGAAUUUUCUUUAUUCCCCCCCCUCUCCUUCUGGUACUUUUCAGCACCCAAAAAGCAUCAAAAGCAGCAUCUAGUAUUUGUUUGACAUAAACGAAUAUAUACAUAAUAUACAUAUAUCUAUAUAUAUAAGUAUGAAUUUAUAAAUAUAUGAAUAUUUCUAGUGUUUGGCUAAUUGCGAUUGUGGCUGGUCCCAUUUUGCAGCAGUACAAUAAGUGGAAGAGACAGGAAGAGAAGCAGGAAUAGUUUCUUGACUGGGGAACCUUACAUCAGUGUCCACAUGUCAUAAAACACUAUGACAGGCUGUAUUAUCCCAUUGUCUAGUAACGACACAGUAAGAGACACAUAUGAAUAUAAAUACACAUGCUAUGAUUACAUAUCCAUAAAUACUAUGAAAUGUUCGUAGUACAUAGAUAUUGGAACAUGGUUUCUAUAUAUAUAUAAAAAUAUAUAUUUGCUGUCAUGCACAUGUAUAUAUGCAUAUUACUGUGUGUAUAUAUGCAUUGUGUGGUCACGCAUUACACAGUGGCUUGAACUUGAACGACUCUACUUCGUUUGCACUUUGCAGAGGCCUUUGGUUCACAUCGGUUUAGAGGCAAAAACUAAAGUUUCUCGUCCGUUUUUUAAUGGCCUUCUCACGGAUGAUUGUUGGAAGAAAGCUGGAGGACGAUUUGAGGGUUUUGUCAUCUCCGUAGUGUGUUUAGCAGCCAUCUGUUAGAUGAUUCUAGGUAAUUUGGUUGGGUUUUUGUUAGUUUGUGAUUCUUUGCUGCUAUCCUAGAAAUCCCGCCAUUUUCUUCCCGCCGUUUCUUCCCGCUCUCAUAGGUCUUUUGCACUUUAUGUCCCUCUCUCUCUUAGAGCGUAUGAAUUGUCUCUUUGUGGAUUUGCCUCUAAGCCGUAUGAAUCUUGUGCCUCUUCAAAACAUGAACGGCCUCCCUGUUUUUCUUUUUUUUUUUCUUCUGUUGUGCAGUGCAUAACUCUGAAAAAAAAAAAAACUUCAUGUGAACCAAUGUGUCUUCCCCCCUUCUGGUUCAAAGCAGCCCUUGAAAAUCACAUUCUUCACCAAAAUCCUCAAUGAGCUCUGUCUGCCCUUCUUCUUCUUCUUCUUUUCCCAGAUAACAGAGAGUUAGUAUACAUACACGCAUAUAUUUUCUACGUUAAGAUUUAGAGGUGCAAAAACAGAUGGAUAUUCAGUAUAUUAUUUCUCAGAGGAAGAGGUUUUGGUAUGCCCGGGGCUUGUUUGACUUUUUAUUGGAAGGAUUAAAAAGAUGGCAGCAGGUCAAGGCGGGGCAGGGUGGGAUGGGAGAGAUUUAAAAAUCAGCAGUGAUUGAUUACUUUGCCGGCAAGGUCAGUCAGAUCACACGACCUUUUAUCCUAAAAACUAUGACAAUGCAAACCCUUAAUAGUUAGCAGUGAUACCUACUUGAAAAUAUAAAUACAUAAACAGCUGAGAUAUUGGCCCGUGUUACAGUUUUUGUACAUAAAGUAACAUAUUUAAGGUUUUAUACGUAUUUCUACUGGGUUAGUUCUUUUACUUCCCCAACUUGAAGCACUUUUGUUCACUGUACCUCUGGCUGUGUGUGUUUGUAUGUGUGUGUGCAUACAUGCAUGUGUAUUAGCCCACAUGCGUGCCUGCACACCAAAAUGAAUGUUUACUUACUUUUCCUCAGUUUUAUUUCUCUUUUUUCCUCUCCUGGUUUUGUUUGUAUAAGUUGUCCUGUUGUUUUCUUUCUUUCUUUCGCAGCUGUUUGGCUUCACUGUCUCUCCCGGUGAUCUGUAACGUCGAGAGCCAGGUUAGUUUGUUUGGAAGUGAUUUUAUCCCGGUUUUGUUUGUUUGUUUCUGUUAGCUUGUUUAUUUAGCGUGUGUGGUGAGGGCCCGUUAGAGGGCCGGUGUUUAGGUCUCUGCUGAGCCAUGUAGACGUCGAGGGCGAGCUGGAAUCUCCCACCAUGUCGCAGGGAGAGCCUUUUACCAAGACCUUUUCGCCACCACAGUCAGUGUCUCCUGUAUAGAGGGCUUUCAGGCGAUAAAACGCACCCUGUGGCAGCCAUAUUGGAGGUCACUAGUUUUUGGCAACACUGGCUGUAAAUAUCUGAUUGUAUUUCUGAAGAACGUUUUCAUUUCUGUGCUGGAUUUAUCCAAAAAUUAACUGUUUGUUGCCUGAUGUGGUGUUCUGAUGAUAUUACAUGACAUUAGUUGCUAUAUCCCAGUUCUGGAGCUGAAUCCCUUUGAAUUUCAAGACCACAGUUGAAACGAGACACCUUCAGAUGCUUCCGUCUUUUGGUGGAACUCUUGUUUUACAAACCUCUGCAUGACUGUUUAAAGAGAAACUUAAUAGCAGCUGAACGUCUUUAACUUCUUGCCUGGCUGCAGUGAUGUUUAUUAAGACCAAUGUUAUACACAUUUACACAGGGUUCGAGUAACGUAAAUUUUACUAUCUGCUCAAGUUUGCGGGCCUCUCUGUGGACUUUUAAAUUUUAUAUCUGCACAGGUGCUAUGCUUAAAUAGCAGUGGUGUGCAUGUACCUAAUACAUAAAUGCCAAUCUACUACUUAUGUAUGGGGUUAAAGUCCUCCAAACGCAACACAAAGUAGUACAGCCACAUGUCCGUGUGCAUCUCCACAAGAUAGUAUAAUCAAGACUUAAGGGUAAUCCAGAGUAUGUCAGCACACCAUGACGUGACUUCUGGGUGUGGUCAGAAGAGCAACUGGCUUGAAACAUUCUACCCAAGAGUAUUUUGAAGCUUUUCAGGCUUAAGUUCCAUUACUGGUGCAUUCAAGUGGUCUACAGCAAAUUUGAAAGAAAUCAGGGAACAUGAUGUGACCGUUUUGAUAUUAGAAAAGAUGGAUGUAACCUCUACAUCUCAACAGUGAAACCAAUGCAUAAUUAACUUAAAUCUGCAUUCUUUCAAACAGCCAGCAGGGGGCGACUCUUCUGGUUUCAAACAGAAGUCAGAUUGUAUAAAAAUUUAUGAGCAAAUGACCUGACUUCUUACCCGAUCUGUUAUCUCAGUAGUCACUUUCCUAACGAGUUCAUGGCCUCAGUCAGUAGAUUCAAGUCUCCUUUAAUACAGCAUGGUGUCCAUUAUUAAAAUUAUGGUCCCACGUGGCGGAAAACAGGCCAUAACACAGGGUAUAUUGUGAAUGACAAGUGGUGGUAUGGUAGCCAAAUUCCAAACUGUAGGCAUCUCUUCCUUCCAUCUUUUAUAUUCUGUCUGGGGUUCCUGUGGUCAUCAGUGCAGCUUUGUUUUCACCAUUUUGUUUCACCUCCUGAACAAGCACAGAGUAGUCCUUGUGGUGAAACUAUUUUAAAGCUUCCAAAGUUGAUGAGGAGCACUUGAAUGCACCAUGAGGGGUCGGUCUGCCCUUCAAUUCCAAUAUCCACACUAUCAUACUACGUAGCAUGCCAUAAAAAGAUUUAAAACAUCCAAAUACAUGCUUUUCUGACCCACAAUCCUCAGCACAGUUUGACUCUUGACCAUAUAUGUCAAGAGUCAUGCUCAUGUCGAACUACAGAUGCACCGGAUAAAUGAGCUAAACUUAUGAGGAAGUCCCAAUCACACUGCAUGCAACAGUCCAUACUUUGUAAGAGCAGCUGCAGUAUGUACUGAAAGUAAAAAGAAGGUAAUGCGAUUUGCAACAAGAGACGCUCUCAAGAGGCCGAUUCCUCGAAGGUUGCAGCUCCUGAACUGGGAUGUAGCUUUUAUCUGAUCAACAAGCCCUCACUGUCUGAAUUAGCUGACAGCAUCAGAACUCUGCCAUUUGCUGACUUCACCUUGGUCAACUUCUCUCACACUCACACUCCUACAGGAAGAGAGACCAGCACUCGUAGCUAAAUUUGGAAACACAUCUACCUUAGCAGACGACUCACGUCUGCUCACAUCAUUACUGAAUGCACAUCUAGUACAGUAGUACGACUUUCCUCCUCUUUAACUGUUACAUGCACACAGCCAGUUUCUCCAAAAAUACCUCUGAGAUGGCGCCAGCAGUGGUUGCUGGGAGAUUUGUGACCCAACUGCAGAGCCUCUAUACUCUCCCUUUGAUCAUUCAGUCUAAGCUGAACCAACAAAAAGCAGUUGCCAGUGUCACCGCCAGUGUGUACCAAAUAAGAACCAGGUUCUAUCGAAUGCAUCAGUGUCAUGUGUCAGUGGGCAGGAAGGAAGCCAGGGACCGAGUCCGAGUGUCUCCUGGAGAUUCAACUGCUAUACCAAAAUCAAAGAGUAUAAAACCUGUCACUUAUGACAUUGUCUUUCUGUGGAAUGUUUUGAUUCUCUGAACUCAACAGCGUCAAAGCAGCCUGGAUAAAAAAUGUAGAUAUUUGCUGCUGAAAACUGUUUACUUUUUAUUGUUAUUCUGUUUUAUUGUGACACUGGCUACCUACUUUUUGAGCUCUGUUACUGUCUAAAAAUGUACCUGAAAGGAUGUUGAUCAAAGGCAAAUGGGUAUACAGGGGAAAAGACUGUACAAGUUCUUUUCUUAGGACUGUUAAACUACAGUUUAAGGUCUAAAGCAUGUUGUAUUUAUAAUGGCUAUAUGUCGUGCCUGUUUUAUUAUUAUUAUUUUUUCCUAAAUUUAAAAACAAAUAUUAAAUGCUUUUUAUUUGACUACAUUGCUUUGCAUUCUGUCUUAGUAAAGCCAUGUCACAUGUCUGUUUUCACUCUAAUGUAAACUAUCAGAUAUCACAAUAAAUUUUCAAUGGCAUUAAGUUGUG